CCAUUUAACCAUAGAAUAAUAUAUGUAAACAACAAUAUACGAAUUUAAUUCUGCAUAUGAGUUUUGUGAUCCUUUAAAUUUAAAAACAUUCCUUGGUAUUGUUUAAGGUAUUGUACCGAAUGAAUAGGUCCAAUGAAUGAAUAGUAAAGCGUUGCCAACAUUGAAUGAUUUACCGUUAUUGUGCAAACUUCCUCUUUCAGGUAUAGCAUGUCAAAGUUAAGGACGGAUUAGAAACAAAAAGAUUAUACUAAUGAAAAGGCAAGAAUGGGAGGCAAACCGAGUACUAUUCCAAAGAAGGAGCUGCAAGAGAGAUUUCAUCUGACAAACCAACAAUAUGAAGAUCUAAAACAAAUUUUCAAAGAAAACUCAAAAGGCAAAAGUGAAUUAUCUAAAAAGGAAUUUCGACGUGUCUAUAGUGGACGUUUUCCUGGGAACGCCACUAAGUUUGCAGAUAAAAUGUUUGACUGCUUUGAUACAGACGGCAGUGGAACUGUGGAUUUUACUGAAUUUGUGAUAGGAAUUUGUAUGAUGGACAGUGAUAAAGUUGAAGAUAAAAUCAAUAUUGCAUUUUCAUUAUUCGAUUCGGAUAAAAGUGGAUCUAUAGACCGAGUUGAAGUCAGAGAUCUUCUACGGGCCUACAACGACCUAUUUGGGUCUUCUGCGAACGAAAUAAAUCCACAAACAGUAGCAAAUCAGUUGUUCGACGCCAUGGAUAGAAAUAAUGACGAUGUAAUUUCAAAAGAAGAGUUCACAUCAGCUGUGCAUAAAAUACCAGAACUUCUUAAUCUCAUUCGACCUGAUCCUGGAGAUUAAAAAAAUGUUAUCCGUAAAAAAUCUGUUCUACACAAUGAAGUUGAUUUAAAAACGGGUUCAAACAUACAGCAUUUCUCCGUCAUUUUAGAUUACUGUGUGCUUUAUGAUCAAAUCUAAAAACAACUCUUCAAAUAUUUUGAAUUUAGUAUGAUAGUCCUGUCCACAGUAUAUAUUAUGUAACCUGAUGUUAAUUACUAUAACUAGUAAAAGAACGUCUUUAUAUGUAACCCAUACCUUUUCAAAUAAAAUCGCAUUGCAACUGUUACAAA